CCAUUUCCCAUUUUAGUUCAUAGCUUCUUUUUUAUUCAGAGGAGAGGUAAAGCGAGACGGAUAAAGAAACAGAGAGAAAGUAGGAAACGGAAAACGUUAAAUGAAUGAGAAACCCGCCAUCGCUUCUUUCGCUCGCGAUUGACUCCGCGCUUCAUAAUCUCCCCUUCUUCUCCGAUCUCUCCUGCUUGCCCGAUCACAUCCUGGUUGAGCUCUUCCUGAAAACCUUAAGAGCUGGAAAGCUGACGGAGAAGAUUUUGAACUUGUUUGUGGCUACUGGCAAAGAAGAAGUCCUUUCUCUUAUUGAGGCUUUCAACAUCCAAGCUGUUCUAACUCCUGUUCUUCCAACUACUUGCUGCGAGAAGCACUGAGCCUGUUUGAGAUUAAGUGAAUUUAUUAGUAAGGGCUAGCGUGUCUAAGGGGACAAAGAUUAGCUCUUUUGUUGCUUUUUGAUUGAAACCUGAUAAAAUGGUAGAAGUUAGCAUCAGAGAUGAUGAGAUUGAUAUUGUUGUUGGAGCACUCCAAUCUGAUCUUACGUCAUUCAUGUGGGAGUGGAGACCAAUAUUCUCCCGUUUCCACCUUAUAAUUGUCAAAGAUCCUGACCUCCAAGAAGAACUUAAUAUCCCAGGUGGAUUUAACAUUGAUAUCUAUACAAAAUCAGAUAUACAACGCGCUCUGGGGUCAUCAAGUGCUGAUCUUUUCUCUGGCUAUUCAUGCCGGUAUUUUGGUUAUCUUGUUUCCACUAAAAAAUAUAUCGUCUCAAUUGAUGAUGAUUGCAUUCCAGCAAAGGAUCAUGAAGGAAAUACUGUUGAUGCAAUCGCCCAGCAUAUCAGCAACCUCGCAACUCCUGCCACACCCUUUUUCUUUAACACACUCUAUGACCCUUUCCGCAAAGGAGCAGACUUUGUUCGUGGCUACCCAUUUAGCUUGCGAAGUGGGGUAUCAUGUGCUCUGUCAUGUGGACUCUGGCUUAAUAUGGCAGACUAUGAUGCUCCUACACAGGCCCUCAAGCCAAAACAGAGAAACUCUAGAUAUGUUGAUGCUGUUCUUACUGUACCAGCGAGGGCAUUGAUGCCUGUGAGUGGAAUCAAUAUAGCUUUUGACCGUGAGUUGGUUGGACCUGCUUUGUCGCCAGCUUUCAGGUUGGCAAAGGAAGGGAACCUGAGGUGGGAAACUGUGGAAGAUGUAUGGAGCGGGAUGUGUGUUAAGGUAGUCUGUGAUCAUUUAGGUCUUGGUGUAAAAAGUGGGCUUCCUUACGUGUGGAGGAAAGAAAGAGGUAAUGCGAUCGAGAGUUUGAAGAAAGAGUGGGAAGGGGUAAAGCUGAUGGAGGAAAUAGUUCCUUUCUUUCAAUCACUGAGGCUGUCUCCACAAGCAACUACUGUAGAGGAUUGUGUUACUGAGAUUGCUGCAGCGGUGAAGGAGCAACUGGGAAAAUCAGCGCCUGUGUUUUCUCGGGCUGCAGAUGCCAUGGUCGAGUGGGUCGAGCUCUGGAAUGAUGUGAAAACUCAAUAAACCAAUUGUUGCUUCAGUGCUUAAAUUAUCCUCCUUUUCAAUUAUUAUCCCCAACUUAUUUUGAUAAGCCUUGUACAUUUUUUGUUUCCUUGUGACUGAUCAAGGUAGGUGGAGUGGAAACAAUAGAGUUAUAGUUGGUGUGUUAUGAUUUAA